AUAUUCUACGAUUAUACCUGUUAAUAGUCCAAAGAAUCGAGUUAUGCGCAGUUGGUACAAUGACAGAUCGAUAGUAUAAACGCAGCUCCAGGAUUGGCUGUUGGAAAUCAAUGGCGGUUAAGGCCACCGAUAAUAUCGAUUAUCUUUAGGGCCCUGCAGACUGCAAUUCCGCAAUAUGCGAUAUCGAAGACAGAGUUUUUGAAAGCCAUUGAUAUAUAUAUUGAAAGUUUUAGUGAGUCUAAAUAAAAUCUAAGUUUAGUGCGCGAUUAAAAACAAUAAUAUUAAUCCGAAAUCGAUUUUUGUGACAGUUUCAACUGUAUAGAAGAAAUAAAAUUGAUAGUUGUUGUUCAAAAGUAUAUUUAAAAAAAUAAAAACAGUUGUACAAUUAUGGAACAACACGCAGAACUUUGCGAGACAUAUCAACUAAAAUGGAAUUAUUACAGUUCUUACAUGCAUUCAUGCAUCGCUACUUCACUUUAUAACGAGUCUUACGCUGAUGUCGCUUUAGUUACAAUGGAUGGUCACCAGGUUAUGGCUCACCGUUACGUAUUGUCUUAUAGCAGUCGUUAUCUAGCUCAGAUUUUGAAAUAUCAACGGAAAGUAACGACAACUUUGCCUUUAAUGAUAGUCAUGCCUCCGGAAAUCGAUUACAAAUCUUUAAAAGUUUUACUCAGAUACAUGUACAGCGGAGAAGCGAAGGUUCCCAAGGAAAUUUUGAAACAAGUGUUGAGAGGUGGAGAUAUAUUGCAAAUAAAAGGAUUAUACAGAGAAAAAGAAGACGAUAAGGCAGAAAAACAAUCCCAACAAUCUAUCCAAAGUCCGUCUCCAAUCAACCAUACUCCAACGACUACACCGUCAACAACUCCCAUACCAGUUGUACCGUCUCCUCCUCCUUUGAUAUCUUGUACAGCACCACAGCCAGCUGUGACAACUUCCACGCUAAAAAUGCCUAUUAAAAUAACGAAAAGUACGAAUAGUACUGUAUCGGCUGUAACUACUAGUACUACGAAAGCUCCGAUUACUCCGACAUUUGUUUUAUUGCAAAAACCAUCAGAGGUUCAAGCGUUCGGAAACGCUUCUUCAUCGGGACCGACAGUUUUCAAUUUUACAUUGUUGCCAUCGUCAGGAAAAGAAGCCGAUACGUUGAAGUCAAAAACAUCCGAUGAAAGUACCGCAGGAGGUGAUCCAAAAACGGUUAUUAAAACGGAAGCCAGUAAUAAUUUACAAUAUUUAAUGAUAAAAGACGAGCCCGUCGAUUGGAGCGAUGUUGAUAUGAAAGUUAUCGAAUGUCAAGAAGUGUACGAAGAAAUUCAAGUAAAAUCAGAACGAGAAGACAGCAACAGCCCGGAAUGUCCCCCAAACGAAGAUAAACUGUUUUCUCCACUCACUUGCGAAUUAUGUACUGAAACUUUUUCAAUACCCAGAGAAUGGGUAAGACACGUACAGACCCACACGGAUAUGUUACCCGCGAAAAGAAGAAGACGAGACAGUACAGGAGGAAGCGAUUCCUACGGGGAUGAAACUUUUCCAGAAUUGACAUGUGACCUUUGCCAAAAGCCCUUCACAACCCCGGCUGAAUGGGUAAAACAUAUACAGAGCGCUCACACCGAAUUCGAAUUGCACGUUUCUAAUAGACAAAAGGCCAAAAAUUACACGAAAGAAUCGCCACGAGAAUCGAAAAAAGAAAAUGAAAAAGAAAAGGUUGGAGUUAAUUACUGCAAGCUUUGUAACAAAACAUUCCCUUCAAACGCAUCGAUGUUGAUACACAGAAGGAGUCAUACUGGAGAGAAACCGUUUACUUGCGAAUUGUGCUACAAGACGUUUAACGUGAAGAGUAAUCUUUUAAGACAUUUGAGAACCAUCCACAACAAAAUUAUCAACACUACCGAACUUGAUAACAAGGAAGACAAGAAGGAAUAAUUUUAUAGGAUUUUAUAUGACAUUGUGUACAAAUAAACAGUAUCCUACUGUAGAUCGUAUUGUUUCAAAAUAUGUCUCAAUGUUUAUUUAGGAGUAAUAGGAGUAUCCCAAAAUUAACGCAAAAUUUGAAUUUAUGCGGUAAAGUGUUGAUAACCUUAAAAAUAAAAUCGAAUCGUCAACUUACAGUUUAGGGUUAGUGUUUUGGAUCAUUUUUGAAACCAAAAAAAAUAAUAGUGGGAUGAAAUUCAUUGGAAAAGUAGGAGAAUAUGAUAAAAAUGAAAGGAAAAAUAAUCUACGGGCGAUUUGAGGUAGGGAAGGAAAAGAGGAUGAGUUUUUAAGGGUAAAAAACGGUUUAUCUCGAUUUUCAGCAUAACUACAAGUAUUAUGGAAAAAAGUCUAAUAACAAAGUUGUAGGUAAUAAGAAGAUAUAAAACUUUUGUAGUUUCACUUUUUUCACAUAACCUCAAAAUUUAUGUAAAAAAUUCAAAAAAAAACAAUUUUUUUGGUUUUUUAUUCGUAUUUUUUACAAAAAACAUUUAUUUUUCACGAAAUUUUUAUUAAUAGUUACCUUUUUAUGUGCCAUAUACACUAUAAUUUAUUUGAUUUGUAAGAUAUAUUUUUUCACAUUAUUUUAACAUGUUAUCGAAAAAGCAUCCUAAUUUUCAAACGAAAAUUCUUCCAUAAAAAUAUCACAGUUUUUUUUAAGAAAUCCGUCACAUUUCUGUUCACUGAAAUUUCUACUUUCUGUUGGUGUAAAAAAAUUACCAUCACCAUGGUAAAUUUUCUCCAAAAAGGUAAAAAAAAACAAAAAAAAAGUUUUUUUCGAUCAUUAUGUUUAAUUUUUAGUUAAAUUUUUUCAAUCUAAUUACACGAAAAAUAUGUAACAUUAGAAAUUCUUAUAAAUAUAUCAAAAUCGUACAAAAUUAGUUGAAAAAUAAUGGGACUUGGGUUUCUUUUCGUUUUUUUUUUGCCUUUUUUGAAAAAAUCUACCAUUGUGAUAGCAAUAUUUUUUCACCAUCAGAAAUUAGAGAUUUCAACGAACAAAAAACUCACCGACUUUUCAAAAAAAGCUGAUAUUCUGAUAGAAGAAUUUGCGAUUCAAAAUUUUUCCAUAGAACUAGUAUUUUUGUCAGAAUUCGAGAUAAAUCGUUUUUACCCUUAAACCUCGCCCGCUUCCAGCCCUCAGAUCGCCCGUAAAUUAUUUUUCCUUUAAUUUUCAUCAUAUUCUCCUUCUUUUCUAAUAGGUUUCAUCCGACUAUUAUAUUCAUACAAAGUAGUGUCAAAACUUCGUCAAUUAUGAUGAGAUUAAUCAAAAAAUUCCGGGAGACAGUAUCCCUUGAAGAUACCCAACAGACUCGUCGUCCAAAAUCAAAUCGUUCAGAUGGUAAUGUCGAAACAAUGCGUGAGAGUGUCGGCGACCAUCCAGGAAUCUCAAUUCGGCGUCGUAGACAAGAAUUGCAAGUUUCAGGAAGCGUAUACUUCCUAAUCGUUUACAAAUUUACAAAUUUCAGUCAACUCAACAAUUGAACUUUGCUGGAAUUUCUGGAAACGUUCGUACAUUCAAAAAUACACUGUUUGAUAUGAACGUUUCGAUAACCAAAUCAUCGUCUUCAGAGACUGAAAGUAAAUUGUCAGUUUAUCCAUUCCUAAACGUUUUUUCUUAAAAAAAAAAAAAACGAAAUUCAAACUAUUACUUUACGAAAACCUCAAAAAACAUUUAUAAUAACUAUAUAUGUGUAAAUAUAAGAUACCAAUUUAUUGUGUCAACCACUGGUUCUACUAGUGUUAGGCGCCGACCACCCAGGCUCCCUUUGAUUAAAACCGCCAAACGUAUGGCGCCCAGCAGUGAUUUCUUUAAUUCGACCACUGACCUUUGCGGAUGAAACAACGUCGUUCUUAGUCCUGCUAUUUUGCGAUUUUUAACUCACGAAAUAAUUUUGAAAUAAACGAAAAAACUAAUUUGGGUAAUCUUUACCAUAAACUAUAUUUUGCUUCAUACAAAGUCACUAAUGAACAACAAGAAUUUUCAAGUUGGAAUUUCUGGAACCGUUAGCGAUAUUCACACUGUUUACACCACCACUAAACCAAAAUUUACAAUUACACUGUCUGAGGCGCGUUUCGAUAAACUAGUUAUCGUCUUCAGAGACUGAACGUAAACUGUCUUAGUCUCUUUGAGUGAAUUUAUGGUUUAAGGAAAAAGAUAUUGACACAACUAAUGACACUAACAACCCAAACGAUAACGAAAUAAUUUAAAGGAGUGUAUUCAAAAUUCUAUUAAUAUUUUGUGUUUUGUUAAUUGUUUGAUUUGAUCUUAAUUUUAUUAAAAAAUAAUUUUCGUUCAAUAAUUUCUUAUCGUAAUUUGCAAAAUAUGUGACGUUACACUAGGGAGGGAAUGAGUCUCACAAAUGUAACCAGCUGCGGGGGAGGGGUAAAAAAUAAUGAAAUUCGUGUGACGUAAAUUAUGGAUGACCCCCUAACACAAAUUGAAAAAAACUCCGAAACAUGGCAUCCAUUCCAGAACGUAUUGAGUUUGUAGCGACCUAUGUUAUCUAUUUAAUUCAAAUUGUGUAUUUUGGGACACCCUAUAUUUAUAUUGCGAUGUUCACUAUCUUCACACCAACAUUUACUGACGUUCGUUUCGAUAAACGAGUUACCUCUUCAGAUUCUCUGAAGACGAUAACUUGGUUGUCGAAACGUUCUAGGAGAAUGUGCAGUGUUGGUGUAGUGGUAUUUAAUAGUAUGAGGAUAUUUAGAAAUAAGUCUGUUUCAAUUUUAUUUUUAAUAUAAAUAUAUAUUGACAAAGAUUUUAGUAAAAUACUGUUUAUCUUUAAGAAAAUGUACGAUUUUUUCCAAUAAAUUAGUUGCGAUAUAAAAAA